AUUCUAUGACAAUUUUUACUUUCUAAACUUUCAAUCUCCUUAGAACUGUUUGAGCAUAGCUAGAUCUACAGAUUUUUUUUAGAUUUUUAAACACAAUUAAUAGGAUGUAAAUUUAUAAGGAUUUCUAUCCCUUUCUAUGCUUCAACACUUAAAACCUAAAGAUCUUUAGUCAGAUUGAAUUUAUUUUCACAUGUUAUUUUUCUCGAUGAAUUGCUGCUGAUUUGAGAUAUUAAAAAAAAGUAAUAACGAAUAACUUAAUAUUUCGUUUGCGUACGAGUUUCGUUCAGAUUUUCUUGGAAAACAAAGUUAAAAGCUAACCGUAACCCAUUAUGCAAUACAUACCCCGUUCGUUUUUGGCAAUAUUCGUUUUUGGCUAACCGUAACCCAUUAUGCAAUACAUACCCCGUUCGUUUUUGGCAAUAUUCGAUUUUGGCAACAACCGAUUCUAUGACAUGUUCCAAAAACGAACGGUUUUUAGAAAUAACAUUACCUAAUAGUUUUCGCUAUAACAGGACCAAUAUUAUUUAGACAAACAGCUUAAAUACGUUUUUUCGUUCUUAGAUGGUGAUAAAACUCUGCAAUAAAACAAAAUUUCAAAAAAGGAUAGAGUACUAGUAAAGACAAAAAGAUGAAAAUUUCAAAAAAUUAGAAAACAAAUACAAACACUUGAUUAACCUUUUAACGCAUAAAUGUUGUUUUAAAACAACAAUAAUCAAAAUUCAAAUGUCUCGGAAACGCGUGGAUAUUUUCUUAGUGAAAAAAAAAAUUUCUAUAGACUAAAAAAAUAUUCCCAUGUUUUUUUAUUACGAAAUUUGAAUGUAAGUAACUGUGAAAAAAUACAAAAAUCAAAUUUAAUACAGACCCCGUUCGUUUUUGGCAACAUUCGAUUCUGGCAUCAUCCGAUUUUGGCACAUGUGCUAAAAUCGAACGGUUUUUAGAAACAACAUUGCCUUUUAGUUUUCGUUAUAACAGGACCAAUUUAAUUCAGACAAACAUCAUAAAUACGUUUUUAUGCUCUGAAAUGGUGAUAAAAUUCAACAAUAAAAACCAAAGAUUUUUAAAAAUUUUAUAAAUAGAUGAAAAAUUCAAAAAGUUAAAAAACAAAUUCAAAUAAAAGACUGAAUAUGACAAAAAAAAACUGAAAAAUGAUGAAGAAUGACAAAAACAGCAAAUAUGACAGAAGAAUAAAAAUAUUAUAAACAAAACAAGAAAAGUGCAGAAUGCAUCAAAAACAUGCUGAAAAAAUUUAUAAAUUACUACAAAUAGUCGAAAAUUUACUGAAAACAACGUUUUUGAUAAUAAUCAUAGUUAUUUUAUAAAAAUAACUAAAAAACAAGAUGAGAAAAAAAACUGUUCGAUUUUGGCAACAUUCGAUUUUGGCAACACAAAAUAUACGGGCAUGUUGCCAAAAUCGAACGGGGUCUGUAUUAUUUUUUUUUUUUUAUAGUUUUUGAAAAUCGCUGUUAUUUCUUCAGAUUGGAAAUUCUAACAAAUUUUUUUAUCUCAAUAAAUUACAAAGAACUUCCUGCAUCUAGUUAAAAGGUUUGGAAGAAAUUUGCAAACUCGUAUUGUAAUAAAUUAAGAAUUUCCAAAAUUAUUUUUCAACUUUAUGGGCCUUAACUUUUAUAAUUCUCAAAAUAACGACUUGAAACUUUACUGACUUUACUGAACUUAUAACUUAUUGUCUUCAUUUCAAAAAGUUAAAAAAAAAACUAAAAAAAAUAUCAAGAAUGUCAAAAAUAGCAAAUAUGAUAAAUAAACAAACAUUAUAAACAAAACAGGAUAUGUGCUAAAUGCUUUAAAAACAUUCGAUUUUAGCAACACAAAAUGUACGGGCGUGUUGCCAACAUCGAACGGAGUCUGUAUAUGAACAUUUUUUACGAUGGAAUAAAACGAAUUGAAUCUUUCACAUGUUUGCUUGUCUGUUCCAUCGCACAGCAUAAUGCAUAUCUUUGUAAAAUAAAUCGUUACAACUCUCUAAAAAAUUGAAUGACUACCGAAGACAAUAUUAGGCUUUCCAACUCCCCGACAAUUAAAGUUACAUUUACCGAUUCAACGUUUGAUUCUGAUUGGAAAUAAAACUGCGAGGGUUGAGUACAGAGCUUUGUGCUUGUUUUGGAUAAAAUAUUUCCUUAAAUAAUAAUCUUUAACUCAAAGCCGAUCGGUGAGGUCUGACUGAGGUAUGCAGUUUCCGAUUCACAGACACAGAUUCCGUUCCGUUCUCUCGCUCUCAAAAACUUUAUAUCCAAUUGGAAUGAUAUAGGUGUGAUAUCGGGGUUGCACGAUGGUUUCCUACUUCGUACCUACCAAAGGUAAUACGAACGAAAGACUGACAAAGCUUUUGCGGUUGUGUCGGUCUGGGCCACAGAGCAACUUUAAAUAUUGGCGACCUGUUGUGGCUGUAUAAGGAAACAGGGAAAAGCUCCCAAAAAAGGUAGGGUAAACGUUAGCCACCGAAUGGAACGGUUUUGCCAAGAGUCGCCAACUGUGGAUCAAACCUAUAUUUUCCCCCGAGUGCUGAGCUGAGCGAUUUUGGUUGUAGCGUAGGACCAUUGAAAUCAAGCUGCCUUCUUGUUGGUAUUAUGCUUUUUGGCUGGCUGGCUGGAGCGGUAUCGAUGUGGGUGUGUGGGUGAUAUCCACGAGUAUAGGGAGCAACACGGAACGGUUAUCCAUUCUACAGGUUGAGGUGGAGGCCGAUGGAUGGGCCGGUCGGUGGACUGAAAGGCAAAACUUGGCUCUCGUCGGUCGGAAAGGUUGCGCCGUUCAUCGUGUUGUAGAACAUUGAGAUACAGGCCGCCAGCGAAAAUUGGAUGAGCGAUUACACCGAUAGUGAAGCUCGCAGGACAUCUGUUAUUACGAACACCAACUUUCUUCCAGCUUCAGACUUGAUUAAAAAGAGCAUCCGACGAUCAUGGACAAUAUCGAAUGCAGAGGAUGAUAACCGCCAGACUGGAGCUGAUGAUGAUCAACAGCAAUAUUCUCAUUUACCUAGAAAGCAAUCCCAGAGUAGUUACCCUUCACUGGUAAGAUACCCAUAUAUCAAUCCAUGUACCAUGGCCGAGUACGUGCAGGAAGAUGAAUUCGACAAUGAAAUCCAUCCGCCAAUAGGGCGAAGAAUGCCAAGACAAUCGACGCUGCCGAAUCCUGAAGCAGGAAUGUAUUACGGCAGUAAUAACAAUCUUAUGCCACCAUCAGUGUCACCUAAACAGCUAAGUCCCAGUCCCCAGUACAGUCCGUAUCACACGGAUAACGAAAACGACGAGGCGGACACACCACAAAAACAAACUUCUCCCUUACCGGCACGGUACCAAAUACGUAGACAAUCAACACUACCAUGUAGGCCAAAUGAAACCCACGACAUUGGACCCAAACUGUUAUCCACGUCACCGAAUAGUAGAACCAAUCUUUACAGUCGUUCGCCGGAUAAAUCCGAUAGCGAUCUCCCCCCGAGAUAUCCACCAUUUGUACGUCAGUCUACAUUUCCAUCCAAUUCCAAUGACCCAUUUUUCCUGCAAAUUCAGGCUCAUUCACAGCAACAACCACUACAAUCUGGCCAGCAACGCCAAUUACCCACCUCACCAAAUAGAAUGUUGUUCAACAAAUCCCCUGACAGUGGUGCUGAGUCUGCUGGCGACGGUAUCAUCUCCGGCAAUUCGUCUUCUAUACUCCGUCGUUUUCAGAUGACAAGGCAAGCCACACUACCUAAUCCCGAACAGCACGUGAAAUUGCUUCCUACUUCCCCUCCCAAAAAACAGCUCUCACCGCACAGUAUAAAACGCUCACCAGAGUUUGCACGUCAAAACACACUCCCGGCACCAGAUAGUAUGAAUUCGCUAUCAGUCCAUCAGCACGGACCAAAAUUUAUGCCCAUAUCACCAAGACAGAAGCAAUCUUUUUUAUUUCCACAACCAGCACCUGCACCACGUCCUUUUCUUUCACAACAGCAUUUCCCAACGAUAGCCGAUGAGCUAUCAACGACACCUCAACAAAACCCAAGCACUCCGAGUGGUAGUGUAGGUGGCACCGGCAUUACAGGUGGUCCACAGCACGCUUCUAAGAUGAUCAAAGUUCGCAGCCACAGUAACGAAGAGUAUAGCCUGAAUAGAGGACCCCAUGCAUCGAUCAUUAAUGCUGGGGUACCGAGUGAAGGACGCAGGAUGCUGCCAGAGAUACCGAGUAACCGCUCGCCAAGACUGGUACGUCAAGAACACGUUAGAGAAGACUCAGUAAACUCAGAAAAACGAUCUCCCAAACAGAAAACAUUUGCAGAAGCGAAACAAUCGAUGAUGGACGACUACGAUCCAACGUGCGAUUCGACGAACCAGCUUAACUUCAACGAGGAUGAAGAGAUUAGUUAUUACAACAGUGAGGACAACUACGAUACCCGACUUUACAGUGUUGAAAGCUUCCCAAACGAUGGUACUUCAGAAUACCCCUAUACUGAAGACUACCUCAAACAUGGUGGUAGCAUUAAGCGAGAUUCAACGAGAUUACGACGCCGAAAGUCAAGAGAUUUACCAGCCCAGCCGGAACCUGUGGCAUCUUCAAACGACGAUGAACCUGUAAAGCGGAAACCUGAAACAAUGCGUUCAAUAUCGGAAGAAUCUCCUGGAAAUAAAUCAAUCAAACCAACACCUAGAAGAUCACUUUCGCAUCCUGAAAAAGACACACAAUACAUGCAAAGUUUCCGAAAACCAGAAAUUACCACCAAAAUACCAUCUCCACGACCUUUAGCUGAAAUCCUGGAACGAGCUCAAAAAUCGAUCAAAUUGCCAUCGCCUCGACGGAAGGCGUUCAAGUCAAUGGACCAAGCAUGUGAAUCAGAGAUUAAUGCUAGGUCAACUUUGAAUGUGCAAACCGAUUCUGGUGCAGGUUCGAAUACGAUCAACGCUUCAAGCGAAGGAACAGCUCCCGGUGUCAGAACAGGGCCUCGUAAAAUUUCUGCCUUUCAGCAGAUAUUGCAAAACCAACGCCUACAGAAGCGAGACUCGAAAAGUUUAGAUAUCGUUGCAUCUAAACUGAUGGAAGAGAAAUAUGGUGGAUUUGCAGAGACCGAGGAUGACAAAUCCAAAUCACUGGAUGAUGGCAUUUUUUGCAGCGACAAAAAUAGUGAUGAUAACAGCAGCGAUGAACAAAUCAAUUUGAUAAACAAGCACAAAACGCAUCUAGGAGAACAGGAAAUAAAGCACGCUGUAGAAGCUGCGGCAGUCGUUUUCAAAAAAGUGGUAUUGCAAAGGCGUGAAGAAAAGCGCACAAAAGAUGAAGGUGAUUUUGGCGUCAAACCGAAACAUUCAUCUGCAGCUACGAUAUACCACAACAGUCCCGGAGUUCAACGAAAGUAUUACGACGACCUAACAACGCUUUCUUCGCCAUCUGAGUCGGACAAUCAAUUGGCUAAAUUAGCAUUCAAUGAUUUUGUCGAUGACUAUAGGCUUGUUUUUAUAAGUUCUGAUUCAUCUAGUAAAGAGGAAGAAUAUGACAGUAGCUCAACGACAUCUUCCGUAUACACUAAAUGCAGCAUUGCCUUGGAUGAUUGCGAUUGGGAUUAUUUCGAACCAGAGAUAAACACAUCCGCUACCAAAACUCUGCUGUAUGACAUUACAAACAGUAACAGCAGCUCGAGGGGCAACAUAUCUCGCAAAAGAUCAUUAUUAUCAUCACCAUUGACAUCGCCUAUGUUUUGUCGGCGGAAACGGAAUUCAAUCAAUACGCUGUAUAAAUGCGAUGCGGAAACAGACGAUGAAUUUAUGAAACAGGUUGAAUCCUCAUCGUCUUCCACCAGAAGUGAGAGAUUUCUAGAAAAUCUCGAUGACGAUCUUAACGGUCGAAAAAUUAGUAAAUGUCAUUGCGGAUUGGAAACGCAAUAUGUUGCAAUACCAGUGCCGGUUCCCAUUCCUGUACCAAUAUCUACCUAUCACGAUUUGUCGCAUAAACAAUUGGACACAAUGUUGCAACAACAAACACAAACUGACUUAAUAAAACAACUAUGGCAUAAUGCUACUGGUAAUGAAGCAGCCUUCUUUCAGUUUACUUGCAACAAAGACUCUUGUACACAUUCGUGUUCAAAUUGUCAAAAUCAAGUAAAAAAUAUGAAAACACAUCAACAUAAUAUGACCAAUAAUAUUGAAAAUAAUUGUUCUGAAAACACAAACGGUGUUGUAGAAAAUAUAACAUCAAUUCGCAGCAAAAAUAAUUCGAAGGCAUAUGGAGCUAAGCAAUACAGGUAUGCGGAAAAUGAAUCGGGCUUCGGAUUCAUUAAUAGUAAUAGUAGCAUCGCAGCAUCCGCUUGUAAUGAAAAGUUGUUCUGCAACAACGACUCCCCUGGCUCAGCAAGGAAAUGUAAGCCAAUUUCUGUGGAUAGUGUCAAACCAACUGUUGCUGUCAGCACAUCUAAAGAACUGGUUGAUUCAUUGGCAAAUAAUUUUAGUUAUAGACAACUACAAAACAUGGAUUCACGGAUUGAAAGUUGUCAUGGUAUGAUAGAACACCUGGAUGUUAAUCCUGAUAGAACCGAUAGCAGUGAUAGCGGCGAAAAUAACAAUGAUGGUGUAACUCGUACAGAGGGCAUGGAAAAAUCUAAGCAAUUAUGUGAAAAGCCUAGAAUUAACAAACGAAGCCCUAUGGUGGUGCAUCAGCGUCGCAGUCACGAAACCAUUAAGAGUGAACAACCACUUACCUACGUACAAGUGCAAAACUCAAGUGGUGUGAGUGAGUCGGUAAUAAGUGUAAAACAAGAAGAAAAAGAUAAAAGUCACGAGGAGGAAAGGAGUGUAAAAAAUAACGAAAACAAAAUUCAAUACGCGAAAGAAGAACUGAAAAACCUGCCCAGCAACGAUUGUACGUAUGGCAUAGAGUCAUGUAACACUUACAAAAAGUCCACAACUGCCCACAACGUGUCUUUAUGCGAUGAAGCGACACUAGUACUCGAGUGGUCGACUGAACAGAAGGUGAUAAAUCGGGCUACAAAUUCGAACGAUACCUGGCCAGACGACGAUAGUGCUUAUCAAUUCACAGAUAAUGAGAGUAUGACAACAGUCAAAGAGUUAAAACCUGUUGAAUCGGUUGAUUUGGACGGCGAAUUAAAGGGGUAUUUAUUGUCUGAAAGUUAUUUUAGUUCAUCGCAAUCAUCAUUAGCUAGUAGUGAAAACGAAAAUAGUAGCAAUAGAGUUCUGCCAAAUUCAACGAGCCAACGUUGUUAUGAGGUCAAUAAUGAACCAGUUUUGUUACGUAUAAAACACACUUCAUCCAGCAACGAAAAUUCUGACUUUUCCACUUCAUGCAGUUCAAUAGAAUCUGAUAGUGACGAUACUGGUACGAUUGCGGAUCGUAGACCAAAGUCAAAAACGUUUUCCAAAGUUAUGGUUGUGAAUGUUGAUUUCAAUGAUUCAAACGAUUCCGAUAUAUCAAGCACCACAUCAUCAAAUGCUUUCAUGUUACAGAAUUGCGAUUCCGAGAUGAACGCCAAUAUCUCAACAAAUCAAUUGGAAAACGAUGGGAUCGUAUUAAAACAAAUCAUACACAUUGAUUCAGAUGAUGAGAUCAGACAAACUACUGAAUUGGAUGAAUCGAUUUCGGCUAAAGGUCAAUUAAAACAAACACCUUCAAAAACAGAAGGUGAAAUUGAUCAUCUGACUGAAAGCUCUGAAGCUUUCGGGGAAAAUUCCGAAAUCCUGAAAGCCAAAAAACCUACUGCAAACAUAGAAUGCAACAAGAAUGAUCGCAGUAUGGGUGACGUCUCAACGAAGCAACAUAGUUUUUGCGAAUAUGGAAACAUAGAAUCACCUGAAGUACCUGUAGCACAACAAAACCUGUGCAAGGUGUUGGAGCAAACUUCAAAUACGCUUACAUCUUCAGGUAUACACAAUCAAAGUAAGGUAAAUGAAAACAAACGUAGCGACGCACACGACGAAAACCCGAGGAAAAACAUAGCAGAAGAAAUACCGCAACUACCAUUACCAACACCACCAGCAACAUCAAUGCCAACCAUGCACGAUCUUACCGUAAACACGACUUUAAACACAGUAGUAAACGAACGAUCGUCCAACGCGGAUGUAAAUAGCUCUUUCGUAGCAGCUACUAAUGCUGCCAAUAAUCGAUAUAAGAGUUUAAUUUUGAUUGGUUCAGAAAACGGUACGAUUUCAAUGGCUACUGAAUCGUCAUCUGAAACUCCGCCAACGGCUGAUGUCGCGGAUCACGGUUUGCCACAUCACGUGAACAUCGUCACGAGUAACACCACACGAAUAGUGAAUAGUAGUGAUGAUGACGACCACCAUCAGCAGCAGCAGCAACAACAGCAUCCACCCACUUCGGUCACGGUUAAGCACACCAGUUGGAUUUCGAAAGCUAUGCAUGGCGACGAAGAAGACGAUUACGGUGAUGACGUAGUACCUUUAGCAUUAGACAACGAACCCGAUCGCUCACUCGAUCGCGGUCUGGCGAAUUAUUUUAAUUUUUCUUUGGAACAAGCUUCCCCGCAAACUUCCAGACGACCUGUGAGAAUAACAACGAAUGAAAGUGCAAUAACUAAUAAUGUAGUGUUGGAAAGUGUUGCUAGUGUGAAUGAUGUUGAUUCUGCUCAACAUUGCAAUGACGAAGGUAAAAAUAGGCCUCCGAUCGAAGGCCAAACUAGCGAUUCGGUUAAAGUUAGUAGUGAAAGUAGCGAAAUGAUCAAUAGUGGCAGUGCAGGGCUGGCUGAAUGUACCAGUGGGAGAAGUAGCCGCAACAGUAACAGUAGUGAUAGUUAUAAUAACAGUGCAAAUAAUGAAGAUGUAACGGUAGUGACUGGGGCUAACACACUUUCAGCAGUAAUUUGCCUGGAGGAUGGUCUGGCCGACGAUGAUUCGUGGGUGGAAGAAGUGAGCCAAGAUGAAGAAGAAUUCGCAACAACGACGGCAACAGAAUCCGAUAUCGAUGACUCUGGUGAAGAAAUUUCGUUGGGCGUUGUUGAUCGUGAGGAAGAAUUGCGCGGCUACCAUAGGGCUGCUAUAGAUUUCACCCUUCAUACUAUUGUCGAGGAAAGUUGCGAAGAUAGUGAAGUGGAGUCGAAUCGAACUUCUGGUUGUAGUAAGCAAAAAAACCGUGUUUCUGCAUCGGAAUUGGAAAAAUAUUUUUUUUUCGGUCUUGGGGACGGUGCAUCUGGAGCGAUUUCACAAAAUAUUCGCGAUGACAGUAUCUCUGAAAGCAGUUCUGUCUGUAGUGAAGGUUUGGAUUCCCUCGGUGGACCCGAGGAAUCCUUGGGGACCUCAGCAGAAUCAGCUGAUUUGGCUUCAUCUCGUUUGGAAAAAUAUUUUCUCACUGGUUUUAUGGGAUUUACUACUGAGCAAAAUGAGUCUGACGGUAGCGGAAGUGUUGGUAGUGAUAGCGAAGGACACCCUAGUCCCGAACAACGGCGCAAACGGUUAGUUAGAGCGAGAGGAGCUGGCAGAUCGCAAAGUUCGUCACUUGACAAUUUGUUAGCAAAAGAAUCUGAUUUUGAGCAGCAACAAGGAGAUUUACAUGAAUGCCAAGAUUCUUCCGAAACUGAUACGUGCGAUGAAACUAUUGCUCAAGCGGAUAAAAAUGAAAGCUCACAUGAAGCUGCCGCCAAGAGGAAAAAAAAGUAUGCUAAAAAAGUAGAAGUAGAUGAAGCACGAAAGCAAUCAGAGUUAAUAGAAUUCCAUCGCCAAGAUAAUUCUGAUGACGGCGGCCGACAAACCCCAAAAGUAGACUUACCCUUAACAAAUCCGCUAUCAGAAAGUAAAAAACAAAAUAGUCGAGAUAGCGGUUUCAUAGGUAGCAAUGACGAUCUACUGAAAGAAGGUGAAACAGUUCGAUCUCCAGAGCUGAAGAACGAACUUGAAGAAAUAGUCGAGGAGAAUAAAAUCGAUCUCAAAGAUGAAAACACUUCGCCGAAGACUGCUUCCAAUAUUGACCAGCCAGCGGUUCAUUUGUCAAGGAAAGACAGUUUCAAUAAUUGGAGCUCGGACGAAGAAACGAAUUUAAUGAUGUCAAAAAUGCGGCAAUUUUUUAAAACUUUGGUCGCAGCUUCGGCUAACAGUCGGGCAGCAUCUCGUAACUCUACGCCAGUUGUGAGCGAAGCAAAUACUCCUAAGCACGGUACUCCUGUACCAAAAACCCAUCAUCAUAGGAACAAACCUCCUCAAUUGGUGUACUUCGAAAAUGAACUAACUCGAUUGAUGAAAACUGUUCCUGGAAUACGCGAUGAACAAGUGCGAGAAAUUGUCGAGUAUCUAAGUAGUGAGGACACGUGGUCAGAUUCAUACGAUUCUUCUGACUACACCAGCUCUGAUUUAGAGGGCGCUGUUUCACAAAAAUCCGUUCUCCAACAACAGAUUUCAGCUAGUUGCCAGCAAAUUAUCAAUAAAUUUGACAAUUUGGAAAAAGAUGAAGAAGGAGAUAUGGGUGACGGUGGUCUUAUAGAAGAACCUCAUGCUUUGAAUAAAGAAACGGCAUUUGUCUACCAACGCUUGGUGGCUUCACUUAACAAAAUGGCAAAAGAUGAGGAAAAACCGGUGAAUGCGACGAGUUCCCCUCCACUCAUAGCAAAAGUAAUGCAUCACAUUGGAAGUCGAUUAGUGGCAUUGAUGCAUGAAGUGAGCAGUGGUGAAUCUCAUACAAGUGCAUCGCCUAAAUCAACAGGGUUACGAUACCAUACACGUAAAGUGCAACCGAAUAUUUCGGUAACUACUACGGAAGAUGACGACAGUACUUCCGAGUGCAACAUGGAGAAAAAUGAGGAUUUAGGAUAUUUACUACCGCGAAGCAAAAGCCAUGAUCUUUUAUUGGGAGAUGCAAAACCACAUCAUCAUCAGUCAUCCAUCAUAGGCGGUGAAAUGGUGGCUGAAGAAAAAGAGGCUAGUGACUAUGAAAGAUUUUCUUGGAGAGGGAGCUUUGAAUCGGCAUUAUUGGCUAACGGAGAUUCUAGAUCUAAACUUUCUAUGUUGGAUAAUUCAACUUCUUCAAUAUCGGUCCUAGCUGCAAAGCGGCGAUCUGCGGGUGAUUUGCUAUUUAACAAUCAAAACUUAAGCCGUGAACAGUUAGAUCGAGUACGUAGCUGUGGUAGUAUCGGAGGAGAGCGCGAGGAUUUCGAAUCUUCUAAACUAUGGGGUUCAUCGCAAAGUCAAAAAACAGGUCGCCGUAGAUCGAGCGUUGCAGAUGAUACCGACUCAGAUGAUUCGACGAGGAAUGAGAAUCGUCUUGCUUCGCGGUCUACGCUGCCCAGAAGUCUCCAGAACGGAAAUUCUUCCAUCAACACCAAUUCCCUUCCACGCCUUCCAACUUCCAAUAUGCAAACCAUAAUGCAGUCUGUUCCAAACGAGUCGGCAUCAACAUCUUCUGUAAUGCAAAAAUCUCAAAGCGUGUAUCAUUUCCUUCAGAACAAUGUAAAAAGUGCACGUUACCGUGCUCCCGGUUUCAAUCAACGGCCUCCGAGCGCACCUAAACGUGCCGUAUCAGCUCCUGGUUUGCAGCAACCGCCAUAUCCUCGAAGAGAACGGCGAAAAGUGCAAAGCUUUUUGAAUGGUGAGUUUUAUUUUUUUCAUCAUUAAUCCUUGCCCGGUGGGUUUUAACUUUGACCGAACUGACAA